UCUCCAUUAAUCUGCAUCAGACGAACAGAGCUAGCUACACAGCCUCUGUACAAUUACAAAGAAACAGGUCAGCAUGAUUGUUGGUAGUGCUACACGCUAUCUUGCCGGCCGAGGCGCCGUCCAGACAGUUUAUUGGAUUGGAGAUGGUUCAGGGGGUAAAAUGGUUAAAUACAGCCGUGUGCUGACUUUCAGAGACAAGAACGCGGCGGCUGAGAAUAUUUCACUCAACGGUUCGCAAUACAGCCAGCGUAUGCAGAGCCCUCCGCCAUCAGCAGCACAACAGGUCCCUGACAGAAGGUAUUUCCACACGACUACGCCAUUGAUGAGUUAGCCAUCAGAACAAACAUCACUUUGUCUUGGCCAGUCCGUCACGUCACUUCAGUGCAAAUAUCUCAAGAGCAAUAGUUUCAAAUUUUAAAUGAACAUUCUGUGGCAUAAAUUUAAUUUAAUUAAGGACUCUUUGGUUGAAAAUACUCAGACUAAAUUUGACUCUGAAAUGCGUUGGAAGCUCUGAACAGUGAAACAACAAAAAUGACGCAAAACAUGAUUAGUGACAUCUACAGAGCAAACGUUUCAACGAACAUGACGUCAAGGAAACAAAAAUUAUGCUACAAUUAUUUUUCGCUAAAGCUGAAGUGAGUUACAUUUCAAGAGCAUACUGUAUAAAAGCUAUUUAUUGGUUAAUUUAUAUCUGGAAGAAUCAUUCUGUGGUAUUUUUGUUAUAUCAAAACUCUUUACUUCUGAAGUUAAAUUAUGGAGUAGUAUUCACGUUAGUGGGAAACUCGAUGCGACAAAAAUUCAACAAUAUCUGUGCUCUGUUAAAUAUCCCAAACAGUAUUGCCUUAAUGUAUUCGUGACUAAUUUAUCUUGCAUAACUUCGGCGCCUUUAAACAUUGCGUUUAAAGCGCGAAACAUGUAAGUUAUGGAAGAUCGCACAAGUUGUGAGUCAACUACAGAGUGUCCCAAAAAUGUGUAUACUCAGCAGCAUCUUUGGUGCCCGUUUGUCGAUCAGUUACUCACUGCUGCCAACUGUGGCACGAAUCUAACGGUGGUCAUUUAUAACACCUACACUAGAUUCGCUAAUUCAAUUCGUGCCAAUGCUGAUGACGUAUGAAAUGAUUUAGUCUAUUAAACUGUAUUUGUUUCAUUCACUGUAUGUGAGUAUACAUUUAUUUUGGGCAUUCUGUACGGUUCAGAACUGUACAGGCCUAUAUCUUUUUAGUUUAUUGCUUUCAUUGUCGUAUGGACCUACUAGUGUUUUUUUAAGCUAUUUAUUUGUUUGCCAAUUAUAAAGUAAAAUAUAUAAAGGCAUAAAAAUUGCUUUAUAAUGUGUACAUCUACUGCCGAAUUAAAUUAAUUUAUUAUGA